AUGGAGUUGCUGCGCGCCGAGCAGCAUCAGAAGAAGAGACCCAAGCAUGCUUGGGAGCAGGAGCCUCGGGGCAUUGCGACCUUUACAUCGGUCUCGAUGGGGGCCUCAUUCAAGUUGGGCCGUUCUGAGCACAUGCUUUGGGAGCUCAGGGCUCAGCAAGGAUUGAAGCAGGUUGAUGCGAUCGAGAAUGUGAAACUUCCAGUGCUCCCAUACGCAGCUAGGAGGGCGAAGAUGAUGGAUUGGCCUGAGAUAGCUGAUGAUAUGAAGAGGAAGUCGUUGCACCUUGUUAGGAUCAUGGUGGAGUCUGAUUUCCACGCCACGAAGCUCGGGACCAUGCUUUACGAGCUUAGCGGGAGCCUCGACAAGGAACCUCAGAUCCAAAGGACCAUCGAGCUCACCUUUGCCAAGAAGGCCGCUGCUACCCUGCAUAAAAGGACUCUGGCAUUUUGGAAGAUGUUCGUGUUCCACGUGGAUCGGGGCCACAAGUCGGGGCUGCAUAUGAGCGAAUCCAGCAUCUUCUUGUACUUUGAGUCGCUGCAGGGUGGGUCUGCAACUGCUCCUCAAAGUGCCCUUGAAUCGAUAUUCUUCAUGCACACCCUCCUGGGCAUCAAGGCGCCGAUAGAGGACCUGGUGUCGCAUCGCAUCCGGGGCUUGGUCCACGAGGCUGCCAUAACGAAGAGACCCUUAAAGCAAGCGAGGGGGCUCACGGUGGAGGAAGUGCGAUUUCUUGAGAAGCUUGUGGCGAAAAGCCCAGACACGGCCGUUGUGUGCAUGGCAGGGUUCUUCCUCUACGCACUCACCAAUAGCGCAAGGUGGGGUGAUGCCCAGGCAUCCACCUUGCCAACCAUCGAUGCCUCGGGGUCUCGGCCGGUCCUGAGUUCUGGGACGCUUCGGCACAAGUUGGCCAGCACAGCUGAGAGGAAGACCACUUUGCUUCCUUUUGUGGGGUUUGGUCAACUGGUCACAGGAACUGCCUGGGCACCGAAGUGGCUUGAUGCCAUGAAGAGGGCACGCCUGCCUAGGACUGGUGUGGACUACAUGCUGCCCUCGUGGAAUGAAUCUUCCAGCCAGUUCAUCCGGAGGCGGAUGACGAGCGGGGAGGCCACUCUCCACUUGCGCGAGAUCCUUAGUCAGAUGGAGCAUCCGCCGCUGCAACCUUUGCCAUCGUCGCAUAGCUUGAAGGUGACGCUGCUGGCUUGGAUGUGUAAGUCAGGGCUCUUUUCCUUGUCCGAGAGACAGAUCAUUGGGCAUCACCUUGAUCGGCCGAGCACCAGCGCACUUACCUACGGGAGGGCUAACUUCGUGGGCCCUUUGGGAAAGGUGGCGGGCAUGCUUACAAAGAUCCAGGAUGGGUCUUUCAGGCCGGAUGCUUCUGCGGCUGAUCUGAUAGAGCAGCAGCUUCAUCAGGAAGAGGUGGCAUCGGACGAGUUGGAAAGGAAGCUGCAUGGUGCUCCCUGUGCCUGCGAGGACAGUGCCUCAGAUGACAUGGGGCACGAUGAUGCGGAUCAGGCGGUGUCUGCAGCGGUGCCGGCGGCUGAACGCCGCAUGGUGGAGGCUCCUGAUCCGGACCAGUAUUUGGUCCACCUGUCCUCGGGUACGCUUCAUGCACUGGACCCGGAUUCUGAUAGAUUCCGAUGUGGGAGGCCGAAAACACCGAAUUACGUCAGGCCGAAGGCUUCCACUUCAAGCCCAUACCCCUUCUGUCUGGUGUGCCAGCGUGCACAGGACGCAGGGGGUCAGGCAGCGGCUGCGAGCUGA